AUGGCUACCCAACAACGAGGACAAGGACGACGGCUCCCGGCACGGACAAAAUCAAUCCUGGUCCUCGGCGCGGGCGAACUGGGCCUCGCCAUCCUCGAUGCCAUUCUCGCCCACCCGGCCUUCGAGCCCGGCACCAGCAGUGUCACUCUGCUAAUCCGGCCGAAUAGCCUGAACAACCCGUCGCCGGCACAGCAGUCGCAGCAGGCUCUCCUUCGCAGCCGCGGCGUGGACAUAAUCGCGGGCGACAUCGAGGCGUCGUCACAAUCGAAGCUCGCAGAGCUCUUUGCACCCUUCACCGCCGUGCUGCACGCCGGCGGGAUGACGCUGCCGCCCGGCACCAUGACCAAAGUCACCCGCGCGGUGCUCGAGGCGCAGGUGCCCUACUACAUCCCCUGGCAGCACGGGGUGGACUACGACGUCAUCGGCCGGGAGGGCGGACAGGGCAUGUUCAGCGAGCAGAUUGACGUGCGGGAGCUGCUGAGGGGUCAGCAAGAGGGCAAGAAGACGGACUGGGUGAUUAUCAGCUGCGGCAUCUUUAUGAGUUUUCUGUUUGAGGACUUUUGGGGCGUGGUCAGACGGAUACCGUCAACCGGCAAAGAAACAACGCGGGACAAGAUCCAAAUCACGGCCCUCAACUCCUGGGACGAUGUCAUCACCGCCACCACGGCCGAGGACAUUGGCAAAUGCACGGCCGCGCUGCUCUUCACGCCAGACGCACCCACGAACACGCCCGUCUACAUUGCGGGAGACACGCUGACGUACGGCGCGUUCGCGGACACGAUCGAGCGCGUCGUGGCGCCCCUGGGCAUGGAGGUCGUUAGACAGGUAUGGCCGCUGAGUCAUCUCAGGAAGGAGAGCGAGUCGGACCCCGAGGACAAGCUCAAGAGGUACCGCGUCGUCUUCUCCGAGGGCAAGGGCCUAAGCUGGCCCAAGGAGCGGACGUGGAGUGCAAAGCAGGGGAUCCCGAUGGUCACGGUGGCCGAGUACGCAAAGAGGCUCUUCUCUGCCGACGGUGGUCCAUCGCAGACAUGA